CUCUACGGGUCGUAUUAUUAAACGAUAAACAUGGCGACCAAGGGUGGUAAGUUAUGACAUUGAACAUUAAGUUCAUUAAGUUAAGAUCUCACCCAUGCACGAGUCUUUACAUUGAUGAUGAUAGCUGAUUAAAUGUCAUAUUCCUUCUUUUUACACCUAUUAAUUUUUAAGAAGUCUUAAAGGACUAGUUCUUUUAAAAUUUUAGAAGUGGAAACGAGUGUUGUUGAACUUUUAAUAUGAAAUUGUUAUUAUUAUGAAAUGAUUGGUCGUUGAACGUUUAAUAUGAAAUUAUUAUGAAAUGAUUGGUGUGAUUGGAACAUAACAGUGACAGUUAAUAUAGGCCUAAUAUAUAUAUUAUUAAUAUAUACUAUUGCUAAGUUAUGAGUUAUAAUUUUACCGAGUGAAAUUGUUUUCAGUGUUGUGUUGAAUAUCCCUGGUGUACUUUUAAUAUUUAAACUCAUACUCAUCAUAUUAUUGAAUAAUUGUCUAUAGUAUUUGUCAAUUGUCAUAGGCCUAACUAAAUAAAUAAUAAACAAAUGCCCACAGCAUCAACUUUGUCAGGCAGUCAAUCAAUUAAACUAAAACAAAAGUUAGUAAUACUCAGUGGUCCCAAAUGUCAAAUAGUAUAAAUUUUGCUAGCAAGACGAAGUGCUUGGUUCACAGCCUAAUAGUAGCCACUUCGAUGAGAUCCGCGAAUUGCCGAAAACCGGGUAUCGUGAUUUCGUUAUCAAAAUGGCGACCUCCACUUUUUAAUUUACCGAGACCCUCGUUGUUUACGAUUUUUUUGCUAAUUAUAGCCCUGCAAGAACAUUCUAUUUCUGCCCACAACUUUGAGUAGACAUGUUGUUUUAUGAUUAGACACUUUUGUUCUAAAAAAUAUUUGAGGUCUUAACUUUGAAAAUUGAAGGUAAAAUAAUGCUUAUUUGACUCAUUCAUAUUUUUUUUCUGGAAAGGGUGUCUUUCUUAAAUAAAAAGACGACGGGAGAUAAUAGCAUAAACUACAACAUAUCAAAAAUUCAAGAGGUUAGCACCCAGUUCAAUGGUAUAAAAAUGCCUACCAAAUUUUUGUCACGUGUGUCCCAAAAUGACCUAUUAUCGAUAACGAUUUUUAAUAAUAAAAAAUACAAGUAAAUAACUUGAUUUACAAUGGAAAUCCAGCUUAUUACUCCAAAAUAACUCUUUCAAAAACAAAAACAAAUAAUUUAAUAACACAGAUACCUAUCUAAACAACAUAAAUAUAUUUUUUUAACUUGUUUUGAAAAUUUUGAUGCUUUUAUUGAAGGGUAUUGACUUGGGUAGUGGGUUAAACUGAAUUAUUAUUAGCCUCAUUUUUAUUAUAAUUAAUAUAUUAAAUAUAAAAGUUGUAUAUAUAUACAGGCCUAGAAAAGUAUAGUAUUUUAAGUAUAGGCCUAGCUCCUGCCCAACUCAUUAUUUGUGUGACACAUUAUUUGUUAUUGGUAAUGAUAUUUUAAUGAAUAUUAUGAUUCUUCAUGAAUAGAUUAAGCAAAAAUGUAAAAAAAAAAAUAGUCACUUACCUUUCAUAUUGAAAUAUCCUAUAUUUAAUCACAUAUCACAAUAUUUCACAAGAGAAUUAUUACAUAAUCCUUGUAUUCUCAAAGAAAAAACACACUUUCUGCCACAAUAGUCCAAGAAUUACUUAAGAUAUUAUUAAUAAUAUUAAAGAACAAUCAUAAAAACUUAUACUUACCACAAGCAAAUGACUAGAACUUAUUUUAGUUUGUAUAAACCACCAAAGUUGAUUCUAUCAAUGCAUGUUAAUUUGUGAAACAAGAUUAAUAACUUGUAAAAAAAUGACAUACUAUUUUUUUGUCAUAUUCAGACAUUCAUAUGAUAUGGGACUAAAAUACAUAUAUAGAAAAUGGUAAAAUAAAAAGUGUAAUCGUAAAUAUUAACUAAAUGAAACAAGUGAUCCCUUUAUUAUUAGUUUAUACUUAUAAAUGUUAAACAAUUCCACAGAAAAUUUGAAAUUUAUAUCUAAAGAAUAUUAUUGUUAUUAUGAUUCUAGGGAAAUUUAAAAAAAAAAUAUUUAAACAAAAUUAAUUAAUUAAUUUCAAAUAAGUGACGAGUCAGCAUAUUUAUACAUGUUUUAAAAGGACAAAAUCAAGAUUUUUAAAAAAAAUUUUGCGGAAUAUUAACAAAAACUAACUUAUAUUUUUUGGCUUUAUUUAGAAGUACUCUUAUUUAACUAUGUUCCCUGUAAAUAUUAUAUUUUUGUGUCAUUUUACAAUAAAGUUAUAGGCAUUCAAAAAAUGGCUAAUUGAGGGUCACGAAAUGUGGAGGAAAAUCCCAUAGUAAAAAAGUGCCUUUGAGGUCCCUACUAAAAAAUUCAUAACUUUUGAACCACUUGAGCUAGAAAGUUGAUCUUGGUGUUUUUGUAAUCUAUUCUCCAGGCUCUAUACAGCUGUAGUGAUUAUAUAUUUUUAAAAAUGUUUUAAAAUUUUAAUCAAAGUGCCUACUAAUAGUAAUAGCCGCGGAAAAUGCCCUAUUUAAAAUAAAUGUUUGCAUUUUUAAGAUUGCAAUCUUCAUCAGCCUCUUCAUCUCUGUUUCAUCAAUCCACACUAACCAAAGCAAGCUGUCAUACAGUGCCUUUGAGACAGAGCAGUCUUUAUUUGGCAUAACUCUGGGUAAAUUUACGUUUGGCGCGCCACUUAUUUCCCACAGCCACCAUUUUGGUUGCCAUGAUGGCAGAUGUGUCAUGGCAACCAGGAUUAUGGCUGUCCACAAAAAAAAAUUAGUGCAAAAACACAUCUGCUAAAAUGGGGAUAGGAAAGAGAGAGAAACGAAAACAUAAAUGCUAAGUCAGCAUCCCUAACUCAAGCUAAAAUCUGUGAUCUAAGGCCUAAAGUGAACCUUAAAACCAUGUGUUCGUGUGCUAGUUACACACUGUAGGGUAUUUAGAAAAUCAUAAUUUGAAUAAAAAGAUAAAAUUAUUUUGAUAAAUUUUCAAAGUAAUGAAAACCCAACUUACAGUUUUAUCAAAUACACUUGUACACAGUUUACUGUUUUUGUAGCUUCCACCAAAAAUAAAAUCCAAAAGUUAACAGAAAAAUCAAUAUCCAUUCAAAUAUGCCGUAAAAAUUUAGCCUUGUUUAAAAUAUUAUAAUACUGCAUUGGAUGGUUAAUUAUCGGUAAUUUAAAACAUUCCAUCGAUGUACAUAUAUUCAAAAAAAAGAAAAGUUAACUUUAGUAGUAAUCCAAGAAUAAACAAAAGGGAGAGAAUCCUACUCAGAACGUAAAUUAGCAGAGCUCUGCUCCUGACAUAUAUUUAUUAGCUCCGGCUUUGCGCUCUGACAAAAAAAAAAUAUAUACCUGUAUUGAAUAUAAAAAUAAUUACUAGAUACCGGUAUUGGGAUACAAUUAGAUAGAACUACCUAUAGCCCACCAAACAAUGGCAGCUGCAUUGCGUGAACUUCCCAUCUAUUAAGUUACUUGACAAAAGAUAAAAACAUGAAAUCAUCAUGAAUCAAAUGAGCCCCAUUUUUCCUUAAGUUGAAAAAUCUCAAAAAACCUUAAUUAUCAACUUAACCUGAUCAAACUAUGACUUUAUUCAGCUAUAAAAACAAAGUGCAGGUACCCACUCUGUACAUUAGCACCUUUGUGUUAGUUUUUAGAUCAGUUAACAUGUUGAAAUUUAUGUUUAAAGUAAGGCCAAAAGUUGGCAAAGUCACCCCAUUUCACGGUAACAAACUUUAUAAGAUUCCCAAUUAGUGAUAAAGUGAUUUAAACACACACACGCACCUAUCUGUUUAAAAUUGCCUUGGUUGGAUGAGCUUCUUGCAGUGGCGUCAUUGCCGGAGGUUAUUAUUAUAAUUAUAAAUUUACAAGCGAUAAAAAUUUAAGGAAUAGAGCAUAGCCUGCUAAUAAGAUUUUUCUGUUUCAAAAUGAGUAUAGCUGCUUAAAAUAACUACUGAUUGAACCCUGAGAAAUCAUAUUAGUGUCAAUACCCCAUUAAGAUCCCUUUAUUAAUAAAUUUACUAUUUUUGAAUCGAUUGAGUUUAAAUCAUGUAACCAAGGUACAGGGAGCAGUUCUGCGGAACAUUGCACAGAUGACUAAGGUUGUUCUUAGUAGAGGUAAUAACAAGGGAACAACUUCAUUCCAGUUGUAUGCUUUUGGCCCCAGCUUAGUAAGUUAGUUUGCCCUUUGAAUCUUGUAUAGUCCAACUAAAAAUGGUAAUGUACCAGUAAAAUAUUUUUUCCAGUCUUGAGGUUGUCUGUACCCUUCACUAAUUCUUGGAGAAGUCUAUUUGGUAAUCCAUUGAGAGUGACGUGUGUUUCUGUACGAAGCGCAUUUACUGAAAGAAAUGAUGACUCAGCUUUAAAAGCAAUAAGGUAUUCUUAUAUUUUAUUCAAAAAUUGAUUUUGAGAUCUAAUGGUAAAGUAAAUGUAUAAAUAAAUUACUUUAUUAAUGAAGACAUUUCUCAUUAAUGCUUGGUCAUUUUUUAAACUUUAAAAAUAUCUAAGGUUGGUCUUUGGAUUAGCUCUACACUGAGUAGAAUCACACUUUGUUGAUAGUUAUGUUAUAUUUUUAAAAUGCUACUUUUACACAGUGUAUUUUAACCUUUUUUAAAAUGUUAAGUCAAAUAUAGCAUCUGCUAAAUUUAAAGAUUUAAAAAAAAACCUUCCUGUCCAUCUCAUGUAUCAUCCCAAAAGUAUUUUCUACUUGGUUAGAUUGUGAAGCCAGAAAAACAAAUCUAUAAGAUACUGAUUCAUUUAUAAUAUAUAGAGUGGGUAACAUAUCAAAGAGUUUUUUUUUGUUUUUUUUUAAUGAGACACAUUUAAGUUUUAUAUCCAGAUUAGACCAUUUCACAAAUGAUCUGGUUAUCUGCUUCCAAAUUUAUUUUUGUUUCUUCCAAUCAAAUUCAAUGCAAUGUAUAUGUUACUGGCAAUGUGUGAAAUGCAGGUAUUGUAUUGUAUAGAAUGCCUAGGAAUUAUAUAGAAUGCCAAGUUUUUAGGCAAAGUAUGAAAUAUUUGAUUUUCUUGAUUAUGUCACAUAUUUUGCCUAGGCAUUUUAUAAAUUGCCUAGGUAUUAUACAUAAUGACAAAUAUACUUCAGGCAAAGUUUAAAAAGAGCGUAAUGAAAAUGUUUUUAUUGGAAAAACAUAUUUGAAAACGAAAGAAGAAAUAUGAAUUAAGUAAAGGGCGUUCAUAACAAUGAAACCAGAAAGCAAGGUGUUGCAGCAAGUAAGGCUGGAGUGGCAUUUUGAAGUGCACUUAAUUUUAUUUUUCACACAAAGACACUUCAUGUUUUUGCACUUGGUCUUGCACAUAUCCCCCACAAAUCUUUGACCGCAUCCUGUUGACUGCGAGAUAGCAGCGGAUCAUAGAGGUAUUUCAUGGUCAGGGACAUCUUCAACACUCAAUAAGUCCAUUGGACAUACAUCGAACUGUGAUUUCCCAUACAGUUGUUUCAAGAUACUUUGUGCAGUUCCAAGUCGGUAAUUGCCGUCUUCUGUCACUGUCAUACGAACUGCCAAAAGAUUUCGCGAGUCAUCCCGCCCUUGUCAUCGUCAGGAAUAGGAACUUGCACAGUGUCUCCUAAAGGUGGAGGAGGGAAUUUUUUUGUCUAUUUUCAUUGGCUAGGAUUUUAAGGUUCGAUUUAUAUUCUUUUAUAACUUCUACAGCUCUCUUAAUCUUGAAACACGGGCUGCACAAAAUACCAACACCAUAACCUUCUAAUUCCUCGUCUCCAUCAUCUUUAGCAGCAUACCCACAGAUAUCAUAAACAUUAAGGCGACAGUUUUGGCAAGUAUUGGCAACGCUGCUUUCUUUUCAGCAGACACAAAAACAGCAGAAGUGGAAGGCUCUUCGGUAUCCAUGCCGUCACAAUCAGUUUGGUUUCCUCUAUUAUGGGUUUCAUUCUUGUCAGUAUUCUGUGUGGUAGGCUCUGUAUCUUGCAUCUGGUGAUUUGCUUCUUCCUGCUGUGUUGUUUGUACGCUUUCUAUUAUUUUUUCCCCAAGUUCUUCCUCAGUCUGUAUGUCUUGCAAAAUUUUAAGGGUUAGGGAAGACGUUGCGAAACCCACUUUAGCUGUGCAGCCAAACAGAGCUUCAAAAGGCGUUCUCAAAAUCCCAGAAAUGAAAGGCCCAGUCCUUCGUAAGUUGGAUGAAUUGUAAUCCCUUAUUUCAGUGGUCAGUUUCUUUCAUCUUUUCAUCUUGCAUUUAAGCACAUAGCAUGAUUUCUUGAUUAGCUCUUUCGACACUGCCCUGGUUUUGUGAUUGGCGCGGUUUACCAUGGACGAUUGUUAACUUGGGUCAGUACUCCUUUAGGCUGUUCACCACAUUGUUGGCAAACUCCUUGCCAUUAUCGGACUGAAGAAUUGAGGGAGCUUCAAGCAACGUAAAUAUGUCCACAAGUGUGUAGGCUACCUCUUCCACUCUCUUUGAUGUUAGAGCCCUCAGAACCACACAUUUUGUCAGAUGAUCUUUAUACAUCAUUAUACUAUUAUACAUUUAUAUUCCCAGUCAGGAUGGGACUGAUUAUCGAUAAGAUCUACCUGACCACGGGAGUUAAAUUCAGAAAAAAACUGUAGGCUUCACCACAACACCCUUUUCGACACUUUUUUGUUUCUUCUGGCAUGGCUCACAAAGGUGAAGGUACAGUUCAAUAUCAUUACAAGUAAUUUUCUUAUACUUGUGUGAAAGUUCUUUCAACAUUCUUUCCUGUCCUCCAUGUCCAACGGCCAAAUGAGCCUCAUUAAGUACCUCCGUUAAAUAAUUCAGAAUCUGUGACAUAGAACUGAAUAGCACUGUCACCUUCUUUAACAGGAUAGAUCAACUUACUUUUGUUCUCUACCGCCAUUACAUCAUCGUGUUUCAGCAGCCAAUAGUCUUGUAGUUCCUUCUGAGUAGUCGUCCAAGCCUUUUUCACAUUAUCCACAUUAUAAUUUUGGUUACUGGUUUCCGUUUAAGAAACGCUGUUUUUAGCUAUAUUGGCUCGUAGUUGAGAAAGUUCACAGUACAACCGCUGUUGCAAGUAAAAAUGCCGUGAUUUCUGAUCUGUAACUACAAUCUGAUCUUCUACCAUCUCAGCAGUUGUCUUGAAACAAUAGGGUCAAGCGUCUUUGGCGGGGGCACGAAGCAUGUGUGUCUUGAUCGCCAUCGCUGAGCAAAGAUUCAAGCAUGAAUACCAGGGUACUCUAUACAUUGCCGGGUUGCUCUUCUGCAUUGUAUAGAAUGCCUAGGAAAUGUGGGAAAUAUAAAUCAUUUCAUACUUUGCCCUCAAAAUUCAGGCAUUCUAUAUAAUUCACAUAUUGCCAUUAACAUAAAUAAAAUCAAGCACUAUAAUUUUAAGUUUUGAAGAACAUUAUUUUUCUCAGGAAUUAAUACGUUUUUUCUGGUCUUGUUUUCUAGCACUUCCUUAGUGCCUUAUAGAAGUAAAAGUACAGAGGUGGCGCCUGCCCCGACGUCUAUCAAGAAACCUUAUUCACCUUUUCAAGGGCCUUUCAGUAGUAAAGCAGAGUAUGCCCUUGCCAGACUUGAUGAUCUUGUCAAUUGGGGAAGAAAGGUAAUUUAACUUGACAAAAUGUAUGAUUUGCAAAGAAGACAUUUUAUUUCCUGAACUCUUUACUCAUGUAACUAGUAGUAAAUGGUGGAAAAUGUAUAUCAGUGCUGGAAUGAAAUUGCUAAGAACUUCAGUGAAGCGUAAGUAUAUGUGUAUUGUGCCAUAAACCACUACCAUAACCAGGUUUUGAUGCUAAGGGAAUAAAAAAGGCUCAUGCACCAAACUUAUAAUUUCAACAAAUAAAAUUUAUUUUUAUUAUAUUUAUAUGGGUUUCCUUUUGUAUGUGCAAAUCUACAUUUACUGUAACAUUUUAAAAUAAAAGGGUGUCGGGAUUGUUUGUCAUUUUCAUAUUUUGGGGNUCGUCACAAAUUUGUGACAACACGAUUUUUAACUUUUUUUUUUUAAUUUAAAAUUUUCUAAUUUUUAAAAAUCUUUUUUCAAUUAAUUUUAAAAACAUUGAGGUCGAAAUUGCCUCAGGUAUUACAGGUACAAUGAAACUCAAUCAUGCACACCUUCCGAGGAUAUUGAAAAAUGACUCAAUAACUGUUGUGGCCAUUUUACAUUCGGCUUACGGAUGUAUUUGUUGUGAUAUUAACUCCUUGGUUAUCACAGGUUUUUAAAAAUGUAUAUACUCAAAAUAUACUUGUAAAAAUCAAGUAAAAUGUAGAUAAUGGCAAAUUUAUGAAUUAAAAGUUUAGAAAGAAAAAAUAAAAACAUUAAUACCAGUACCAAACAAACAUUGUUUUUACUUUUAUUCAGUUGCCUAUAAAACAGAUGGCUGGAACAUAGAUUUUACUGUUAAAGAAAGGGCUGUGUGUUUUUACUGGCUUUUACCCGGUGCAGGGGCUGUUAUUUACUUUUCUUUUACAUGUAGACCUCUGAAUUGUCUUCUAAUUUAAUUCAAGUGCAGUCUCAUGAAGAAAGAUUGGCAAUAUAUAUUGUUAGUAUAUAAUGUUGCUUUGUUCUAAUGUGAAGCUAAACUAAGGUGCUAUUAUUUAUUAUUAUUAGGGAUUAAUACUUCAGAUUUUAAUUUUUUUAACUUGACAAGAUGUGAGAGAUAAGACCAAACACUAUAAAAUAUACUUUGCUCCUCCAAGGGCUCACCUCUGCCUUAAAUGUAGCUAGGUGACAUUGUGUAUAAAAUACAUAUUUAGAUCUGCUGCUGUUUGCAUUAUCAAUAGUUACAGAAUUAUAUUUUGAAAAAAGAGUUUAUAAUGUUUGUGUUUAUAUUAGUUUCUUCAAAACACAAUUCACUGGUGAAUAUUAAAUAAGCAUUUCAAUUUGUCUGGAUUAAAAGAAAGAAAAAUUCUUUUACUGUGGAUGUUCAAAAUAAUUUUUAUUGUUUGCUCUUUCUUUAAAUUUUAUGUUUUUCUUAAACUUAAAGGGACGAUACCCUGAAAUUUAAGUAAUAUUAAUGAAUAUAUUGUUUCAAAAAAAAUUAAUUAACAGGGUUCAUUUCAGACUGCUAAUUAAAUAUGUGUUUUUAUUCAAUUCUCUUGGAUGAGGGAAAUAAAAUAUGGUUUGUUUUGUUAAUCAACAUUUAUUUUUUGGACAUUUCGAAUGAUAUUUUAUUCUUAUAGCUAAAUGGUUUGGAAAUAAUAUCAAUAAAUUUAGCCCCUGAAGUAAAUUACAUUUAAUUAGGGCCUGAGUAGUGUUGAAAAUGGGAAUGCAGAAAAUGGAAUAAGACGGCACAGUGUAAGGUUUAGGGAAGAGCAUACGAAUUGUGGAAGUCUGAUGGGUGCAGGUUGAAAGAUAGACAUGUAUGUAAGAGGUAUUCAAUGGUUUAGUAGUUUCAACAUUGAUUAACAGGUUUUGCAGGGGUCUAACUAUACACCUGGCAGAAAACUGGUGAUUUUUAAUAGAAGAAAAGCAUCAGUCAAAAGUUUAACUUGUUUUAAUACUCAAUAUGUAAUCUUGUAAAUUAAGUAGUGAUUAAAAUGUUAAAAUCUAUUUCUCAUAAUAAAUAGUGUAUACACUUAGAAACAGUUAAUAAAUUUGUAAAAUUUGAAAGGUUUGGGUAAAAAUAAUACAAUUGUGUAUGAAGGUAACUAAGUACUAUCUAGUAACUGUAUGUGUUUCUGCAAAGAGUAAGUACUCAUGUGAGUUACUGGUUCCCACCAGAACUGAUAGGUGUUUGUGUCCUGUCACAUUGGAUUGAAAGUGGAAAUAAAAUUACGAAUAUCGUGUAAUAUUUGGAAGGGCUACUGUGAAAAAGCUACAACACUCCAGGGCGACACAGCACACAUUUUGAGAACCAUUGGGCAGUGGAGACAUUCUGUGACGCAGCUUUUUGUGACUUCAUAAUUGUCUAUAGUAAAAUUGAUUUUAAGUAUGGAUGUAACAGGGGAGGUGUGAUGGGUGAAAUUUGUCCAUUUUUUCGUACGUAAUGUAUGCUUGGUACAAGCAGUUAUUUUUUUUAUUCCAUUGGGUGGAACAUGAUUCAUGUUUUCAAUAGAUAAUUCCUGAAUUGUAUUACUCAAAUCAGUAUUAUCCUGGACGAGGAACCAGGAAAAUAAAAUUUAGCCCUACUAUUUACCUGUGUCAAUGAAAUUGACAAGAAUUAAUUAUGUAUUUUGCUUUUCCUUUUCAGAGUUCCAUGUGGCCACUUACUUUUGGUCUCGCUUGCUGUGCUGUGGAAAUGAUGCAUUUUGCAGCUCCUCGAUAUGACAUGGACAGCUAUGGUGUUGUUUUUCGUGCUAGCCCUCGACAGGCUGAUGUUAUAAUUGUUGCAGGCACCCUCACUAAUAAAAUGGCUCCUGCUCUUAGAAAGGUUUGCAUUUAAUUUGAACAAAUCACCCCUUGUAAUACUUAAACACAAACAUUUUAGUUUUGGUUGAUAUGAAAAAUUUAAAUGAGCUGUGAUUCUCAAUUUGAUAAUAUUGAGUGGCAAUAAAAAUUAAUAAAAUCUAAAUCAUCUUUCAGAUCUAUGAUCAAAUGCCACAGCCAGCUUGGGUUAUCUCAAUGGGCAGUUGUGCCAAUGGAGGAGGCUACUACCAUUACUCAUAUGCUGUUGUCAGAGGAUGUGAUAGGGUCAUACCAGUGGAUAUUUAUAUACCAGGUAAGCUGAUCCAGCAAAAGAAACACAACAUAAGAUAGUUAAUUUUUUGUUGAGGUUGUUUUUUUUUCUAAAAAUAUAAGAUUGAGAUAUUUUUACUCAAUAUUUUCAGGAUGUCCGCCAACUGCUGAAGCAUUGCUAUAUGGAGUUCUUCAGUUGAGGAAAAAGGUCAAGCGAAUGAAUCAUCUUCAGGCCUGGUACCGAAAAUAAAUGUUUAUAAUGGCAGAUUUUUCUUUCAUUUUGAUUUGCUACAAUGUUAUUAUUUGACUUUAAAUUUUAAAAAAAAAAAGGAAUGUGUUUCCAUUUGAUUUGUAAUAAGUUAAAGAGGUAACAGUAAAUUGGUAUUUUUUUAAAAAUCAGGUCAAAAUUGAUGCAUUAAAUACAUGAGAUCUGUAUAUAUUAUGUUACUUAUGUCUUUAUUUGAUAAGGAAUUCUAGUAGGCCUACUUGUAAAUAAUGUGAAUGUUUAUAAGACUGAUGAGCGUGGUAUAUAUCUUGGAAAUGAUAUAAAAAAAUUAAUUUUGAACUUAAUUUAAUCUGGAAGGCAUUGUUCAUAAAUAUGUCAAGUAUUUUGUGUACAAUAAAACCAGUCAAUAAAAUCUCCUUUACUGUUUUAAAUCCUUGAAUCUUCAUUAAUCACAUAUUCCCAAUCCAUCAUGCUACUAUUUCUUGCAAGUGUAAAAACACAAUUUUUUAAACAAAAUAUUUUUAAAUUUUAAAUGAAUAUUUUAUUUUAAAAAAAAUUUAAAAAAAGAAGUAAAGUAUUACUAAAAAUUAAACAAUAAUAAUUAACAAUUAUUUGUUUUGCAAAUAUUUUAGGUGAAGUUUUAUAAAAAUAUAUUUAUAUAGAAUGAAAUAAAAAUUGUUUUAAUUCCAGAAAAAUACACACAGCUAUAAAAUAAUGUUUAUUCUUUAACUUUUACUGUGUAAGUUUUGUCAUGCAAUCUUAUUUAAAUUAAUUUCCAAAUUUCUUGAGGUAUUGCUGAAGAGCAAACUUGGUGCCUGUACUAACCCUUUCAGUGUCAUUGAGUUCUGAUGACAGAACAUUGAACAAAGGUGCAGUGGGUAAAUCUGUUGUACAUUGUUUCUGAUUUUCAUCUAGGGUUAGGGCUCUGAGUUUGAGAAAAUAUAAAAAAAUAUAAAAAAGUUAGGAUCGUUUCAAUGGAUAUUGUUUUGUUAAGAAAUAGGGUGGUAUAUUUUCAUUCACAGAAUUGAGCUUGUAUACUUGCCUUUAAAUAAACAAGUUUAUGAAAAAUAUGUCCAAAACCAUUUCAAAACUCCCAGAACAAUGUUUGUUUCGUAGCAGUAAAAAAGACCAGCUUGUUACUCAAUGCUAGAUAAUAUAUAUGAAUGAGAGGUUUGUGUAUCAGUAAACUAUUUUGGCAAUCAACAAGCAAUUAAAAGAAGUUCUAUAUUAACAUAC